GUCAGUUCAGGAAGUGUGUGUCCGUGUUUCGGGGUGUGUUACAGCAGCAUGGAACGCAGUCGCUACGGCAACGAGCCCCUCAGACUCCCGAACAGCAGCGACGACGACGGCGAGCGGAACGUGCUGGCCCUGAAUGUGCUGUUGCUAGGCGACAAACAGAGUGGGAGGAGCUCUGUGGGGAACGCUCUGAUUGGUGGAGAGGUGUUCCAAACAGGUGGCUGCAUGUACGGCGUCUCCGUGACGACAGAGUGCCAGCGCCGCACACGAAAUUUCCCCAGGUAUUUCAGAAGACAGGGGGCGGAGUCUGACCUCACCUUGAGCGUGGUUGACACGCCCCCCGUGAUGCCCGGCGCGAUGAGCGUGCACGAGCUCUGCCCGGAGGGCGUGCACGUGGUCGUGCUCGUUGUGAGAGCUGACCUGCCGCAAGGCAACACACACCAGGAGGAGCGCGUGGAGACUCUCCUUAGUACACACUGGCGUCGUCACACUUUACUCGUUCUCACGCACGCUGACCACCUGAAGGAGGCGGGGCUUCACCGCUCAGUCUACCUCACACAGGCCAGUGAUUGGCUGAGAACUCUGGCUGAAGAGGUGGGAGGAGUCUUCUUCUUGGACAACACCCGUGAUUGGCCGUCGAUCAGAGGACGACCGCUGAGAGACCAACUGCUCCACCUGUCAGCGAGGAACCAUCACAGAGCUGUGGGAGUCCGGACACAGAACCGGGCUCAGCAGAACCGGGCUCAGCAGAACCGGGCUCAGCAGAACCGGGUUCAGCAGAACCGGGCUCUGGGCACUUCACAUGAUGACGACACAUCAAAGUGAUUUCAAAGAGGU